CAGAAUGGUGUUACAAAUUUUUUUUAGUUUCGUAAUAUUUUUUUAAGUUUGCAUAGUUGUAGCGUAACUUAAAAAAUUAUUCCACAUAAAGAGGGAAGGAAAAAUUAAAUAUAUGUGUGAAUUCGAUAGAAAACUCGAAUUAUUCGAUAAAGGAUUUUCGGUAAAGGGUUCCUAUCCCUACAUUUUAAUCAUUUGGUUGAUUGCAGAUGUUUAACGUUUCUGAAAGGUUGUUAUCUGAUUCUUGUUCUAGUAUUCCAAACUGACAGCAAAUAAUGAAAGUAUAAACACUUCAAUAGUAAUAUAAAUUAUAAAUUGAUUUAAAUUGUCUAUCAAGCUAAAUUAAUACUUAAUAGACAGAAUAUAUUUUAUAAUAAUAAAAUAGUUAACGAUCGCAAACUAUUUGGUUGUGCAUACAUGCAAAUGCUUGGAUAUAGCAAAAAAGAUCGAAUCAAAAACGAUAGUGUGCAAAAUACAAAUUUCUAAUUAAAUUUAACAAAAUACGUAAUUUUAUAAUUUAAAAUGGUUGACGUUCAACAAUUCCUACCUCUAAUAAGUAUUUCGUGUGGAGUGCUAAAUGUUUUAAUAUUAAAGUGGUCAGAUAUUCUGGAAGCUGAAGACGUUUCAGGAAUAAAACGUCGUUUUUAUCACCCGUUUUUACAAGUUAUAAUAAUGUUUCUUGGGCAAAUUUUAUGUUUAGUUGUAUACAAAGCAUUAUUCAUUAUACUAAGACGCAGAGGUGAUAAUUCGGAAAAUCUUAAUUUCUUAACAUCCGGGAAUAGAAACUUUUCCCCGUCGAUAUUUAUUUUGCCUUCUCUAUGUGACAUGGUAGCCUCAACAAUGCUUCUAAUUGCACUUAAUUUCACAAAUGCGUCUAGCUGGCAAAUAUUACGAAGUGCAUCUUUAAUUUUUGUGAGCCUAUUUGGUGUUAUUUAUCUUAGUCAAAGUUUAAAAAUAUAUCAUUGGAUAGGGAUUUCAAUGGUUAUUAUUUGUGUUAUUAUUGUUAUAUUAACUGAUACCGUUAAUCCAGUUUUGUAUGAUUCGAAAGCAGUUUUAACUAGUGAUCUUCUUGUUAUAUGUUCACAAAUAUUCCAAGCACUGCAAAAUGUGUACGAUGAAAAAUAUGUUAAAAGUUUAGAUAUAACACCAAUCCAAGCUGUGGGCUGGCAAGGGGUUUUUGGAUUUCUUCAGAGUUUAUUCUUAUUAAUUCCACUUCACUUUAUAAAAAUUGACCCGCCAUUCAACAACAACUCAAAUGGUUCAAUGGAAUUUUUACCCGAUGCAUUUCACCAGUUCUUCAACUCUGGUACUUUGAUUUUAGCUCAUCUAAUAUUUUUGUUAUCUGUUGCGUUGCAUAACUACGCUGCUGUAGCUAUUUUGAAAAGUACAUCAUCCAGUAAUAGGGUUAUAAUUGACAUUUUCCGCAUUCUUCCAAUUUAUUUAAUAUCUGUGUUAAUUGAAAGAGAAAUGCUUGGCGUGUCUACAGUGAUUGCCUUCUUAAUAUUAUUAAGCGGGAUUUUCACCUAUAAAAAUAUAGUUUUUUCACAGAUAUAUGUAUGGUUUUUGAGAAAAUUAACGCGUCGCAGAUAUGAAGACAUAGAGAAUGAAGAAAAUGUGAUAAGCUCUCCUGCUGAUAGCGCCGACAUAUAGCUUAAUCGACUUAAUCAACGUUUUGACUUAUCAUACAGUGACCUUUAUAGUAAAAUUUUGGGAAAGUUUUAAAAUAAAUAGACUGAUUUUAUCAAGUAAAAUAAACCCAGUUUAAUGUUUUUUGAAUAUAUGUAGAUAUAUUGAUUAAUAGUUUACAGGAU